UUUCUAGGCGGACAUGUUUAUUGUUGACGUUGCUUUUGUGGCUUGAACUCGAUGGACGGUCGCAAAAGCUUCAUGCUAAGCUCAUCGGGAUCGAUACAGACACAUCCCCUCAUCAUUGCUCAAGAGAAAGGCUGGGGAGCACAAGAGUGAGCGACAGCAUUAAUGGUGCAUGAAUACUGCACUUCAACCAGUCGUAGAUGGCCUCCGCCACACCACGGCUCAACAGCUGGCCAUCAGCGGCUAUUGUUUUGCAACCGUUAGUCUUACCGAGCAUCGCCGUAAUGUGACCCAGGAGCGUCUCUCCCACGACGAUCCAGAGGGUCUGGGCACGCAGCCUUGUAGGCUGAGGCAAGACUUUUCUCUGUUUGUUGUCUCGCCUUCCCCCGUACUAUUGACCCUCAGAAACGCCGGCCGAGUUCCCUGCGGUGGAAGUCAAGUCUGUCAAGACAUGAGAACAGUGCAUGAUAACUCAGAAGUUCUUCCAGGAUCAAAGGUACUUCCUGGUCAAUGAGCCAUGAAUUGCAACUGCAGGCAUUAUCACAGAUGGCCCAGGAGGUAAUCAGGCUGGGGUCCCCGACUUUUGGCCUUGCUUAGGCUAGUCCGGACUUCGCAUUAACCAGCAGCGCGCUCCCCUUCUUCACACAAUCUCCCUCAACCCCACAAACAAUAUGCAAACGUGCAUUGCCGCUCGAUGGAAUGGAACGACGGGGCCACCCUCUCCGAACUAGACUGAUUCGAGAAGUCGGAUAGCCACAGGCUCAUAGCCUUGGUUGAUCGAGGAUGCUUGUUCUCGCCAAGCUCACGAUAUUAUCAUGGGAUGUCUUUACCAUCCCCUAUCUCCUAUAUCAAUCUCACGGACUCCUCUAGGCCCGGAUUUUCCGGCUGGGCAUUCGGUUGGGAAUAUCAUACCAAACGUGCUAAAAAUGUCCUCACCUUGGAGAGUUCCAUCGGCUCGGAUCAUGACUCCUCACUCAGGGUAGGAUUCAAACCUUACGGAGUUGGGUAGCUGUUUUUAGUGCGAAGUGCGUUGAAGCUUUCCACGACCCUGGUUCGGUACUCAAGAUCGAAGGAAAUGCCUCAUUGAUGUGGAACGUCAUGGGUGCCGAUCUAAGUCCUUUGAUUUCACUUUGCCAGCGUUUGUGAUAGGCCAUAGGCGUCAAAUCGAGGUAGCAAACAGGCAAAAGGUAAACGGUCUUGUGCUAUGAUCCUCCAGCCUCCUGGGUCGAAACAGACCCUUCGCCCCGCGUCUCACUUUCAAACAAACUGGUGUUUGGACACCAUCAUCCUGCUCUCAGACCGCAUGCAACACGUUCGGCAGUACGGGUGAGCCACUCUGCCACCCGAGAAUGGAUAGACUUUUCCAAUACGACUGUGCCUCACAAAGACUUAGCACAGAAGCAUACAAUCCUCAACGUCGUCGUCGUCAUGCGUCCGAUGAACGACGACGUUGGUCCGCCUGAAGCUUGAACAAGCCAAAGGGGCUGGUAAACCGUAAUUGCAAACCUACAAGAUUUAAGGUUAAGAUCUGGUCCGAAAUGAGGAUAGGCCUGCCGGCUACGGGCUUAUCGGCUCCAUCAGCCCCAUUUACAAGGAAACACCGCUAAUACAAAGGCUAGCUUUGUCGAUGAAUUGACAGUGCUAAGA